GGCUACAGCAAGGUACAGCAAGCAUAAAGGAUGGGAGACAGGGCGAUGGAAGAGUUUGGGCCGGCUGCUCCGUACCUGAGGAAGUCGGACAAGGAGCGUUUGGAGGCCCAGACGCGCCCCUUCGAUAUGAAGAAGGAGUGCUUUGUGCCCGACCCGGACGAGGAGUACGUCAAGGGCUCCGUCAUCAGCCGCGAGGGAGACAAAGUCACCUGUCAGACGGAGAAGGGGAAGACUAUCACAGCGAAGGAAGCGGACAUCCACCCCCAGAACCCGCCAAAGUUCGAUAAAAUCGAGGACAUGGCCAUGUUCACCUUCUUGCACGAGCCUGCGGUGCUGUUUAACCUCAAAGAGCGUUACGCAGCCUGGAUGAUCUAUACCUACUCUGGGCUCUUCUGCGUCACUGUGAACCCCUACAAGUGGCUGCCUGUGUACAACCAGGAGGUGGUCAUUGCCUACAGGGGCAAGAAGAGGAGUGAAGCUCCUCCUCAUAUCUUCUCCAUCUCUGACAACGCCUACCAGUACAUGCUCACAGACAGAGAAAAUCAGUCUAUCCUCAUCACUGGAGAAUCUGGUGCUGGGAAGACUGUGAACACCAAGAGGGUCAUCCAGUACUUUGCAAGCAUUGCAGCUGGUGGAGGCAAGAAGGAGACCAGCGAGAAGAAGGGAACCCUGGAAGAUCAAAUCAUUCAGGCCAACCCUGCUUUGGAGGCCUUUGGUAAUGCCAAGACCAUCAGAAACGACAACUCCUCAAGAUUCGGCAAGUUCAUCCGAAUUCACUUUGCCGCCAGUGGAAAAUUGGCUUCUGCUGACAUCGAGACAUAUCUUCUGGAGAAGUCGCGUGUGACUUUCCAGCUGAAAGCUGAGAGAGACUACCACAUCUUCUACCAGAUUUUGUCCCAGAGGAAACCAGAGCUGCUGGAAAUGCUGCUCAUCACCAACAACCCAUACGACUACGCGUUCAUCUCCCAAGGAGAGACCACUGUAGCCUCCAUCAAUGAUGCCGAGGAGCUGAUGGCCACUGAUGAGGCCUUCGAUGUGCUGGGCUUCACUCAGGAGGAGAAGAACAGUAUCUACAAGCUGACUGGGGCCAUCAUGCACUACGGCAACAUGAGGUUCAAGCAGAAGCAGCGUGAGGAGCAGGCAGAAGCCGAUGGCACUGAGGAUGCAGACAAGUCUGCCUAUCUGAUGGGCCUGAACUCUGCUGACCUCAUCAAGGGCCUGUGUCAUCCAAGAGUCAAAGUAGGAAAUGAGUGGGUCACCAAAGGGCAGAAUGUCCAACAGGUGUAUUAUGCUGUUGGUGCUCUGGCCAAGGCAGUGUAUGAGAAGAUGUUUCUCUGGAUGGUGAUGAGGAUUAAUCAGUCACUGGACACUAAACAGCCCCGCCAGUACUUCAUUGGUGUUCUUGACAUCGCUGGCUUUGAGAUCUUUGACUUCAACACCUUUGAGCAGCUCUGCAUCAACUUCACCAAUGAGAAGCUGCAGCAGUUCUUCAACCACCACAUGUUUGUGCUGGAGCAGGAAGAGUACAAGAAGGAGGGCAUUGAGUGGGAGUUCAUUGACUUUGGCAUGGACUUGCAGGCCUGCAUUGACCUCAUUGAGAAGCCCAUGGGCAUCAUGUCCAUCCUCGAAGAGGAGUGCAUGUUCCCCAAGGCCAGUGAUGCUACCUUCAAAGCCAAGCUAUAUGACAACCAUCUGGGGAAAUCCAGCAACUUCCAGAAACCCAGACUUAUCAAGGGGAAACCAGAAUCCCAUUUUUCCCUCAUUCACUAUGCUGGUACUGUGGACUACAACAUCAACAACUGGCUGGUGAAAAACAAGGACCCGCUGAAUGAGACUGUCGUUGCACUGUACCAGAAGUCUACUAUGAAGCUGCUGGCCUUUCUUUUUGCCAACUAUGCUGGAUCUGACUCUGGAAUGGAACCGGGCAAAGGCAAAGGAGGCGGUGGAAAGAAGAAAGGCUCAUCCUUCCAGACUGUGUCAGCGCUCCACAGGGAGAACCUGAACAAACUGAUGACCAACCUGAGAUCAACUCACCCCCACUUUGUGCGCUGCAUCAUCCCCAAUGAGACCAAGACUCCUGGGGCCAUGGAGAACCCUCUGGUCAUGCACCAGCUGCGCUGUAAUGGUGUGCUGGAGGGCAUCAGGAUCUGCAGAAAGGGCUUCCCCAACAGGAUCCUCUAUGGGGACUUCAAACAGAGAUAUCGCAUCCUGAACCCUGCAGCCAUCCCAGAAGGGCAAUUUAUCGACAGCAGGAAGGGAGCUGAAAAACUGCUGGGCUCGCUGGAUAUUGACCACAACCAGUACAAAUUUGGACAUACUAAGGUGUUCUUUAAGGCUGGGUUACUAGGUACGCUGGAGGAGAUGAGGGACGAUCGUCUGGCUCUCAUCAUCACUAGAAUCCAGGCUAGAUCCCGUGGUCUCCUCUCAAGGAUUGAGUUCCAGAAGAUCGUUGAGCGCAGAGAUGCCUUGCUGGUUAUCCAGUGGAAUGUCCGUGCCUUCAUGGUUGUGAAGAAUUGGCCUUGGAUGAAAUUGUAUUUCAAAAUCAAACCUCUUCUGAGAUCUGCUGAGGCUGAAAAGGAGAUGGCCAAUAUGAAGGAGGAAUUUUUGAAACUCAAAGAAGCAUAUGCCAAAUCGGAGGCGCGCAGGAAAGAGCUUGAAGAGAAGAUGGUCUGCCUUCUCCAAGAGAAAAAUGACCUGCAGUUACAAGUUCAGGCUGAGCAAGAUAAUCUAUGUGAUGCUGAAGAACGUUGUGAAGGGCUUAUCAAGAACAAGAUUCAACUGGAAGCCAAAAUCAAGGAGCUGACAGAGAGGCUGGAGGAUGAGGAGGAGAUGAAUGCAGAACUGACUGCCAAGAAGAGGAAGCUGGAGGAUGAGUGCUCUGAGCUGAAGAAGGACAUCGAUGAUCUGGAGCUCACUCUGGCCAAAGUGGAGAAGGAGAAGCACGCUACUGAGAACAAGGUGAAGAACCUGACUGAGGAAAUGGCAGGCCUGGACGAAAUUAUUGCCAAGCUGACCAAGGAGAAGAAGGCUCUCCAAGAGGCUCACCAGCAAACUCUGGAUGAUCUCCAGAGUGAAGAGGACAAAGUGAACACUCUUACCAAGGCCAAAGCUAAACUGGAACAGCAAGUUGAUGAUCUGGAGGGGUCCCUGGAACAAGAAAAGAAGGUUCGUAUGGACCUGGAAAGAGCCAAGAGGAAGCUAGAGGGAGACCUGAAGUUAACACAGGAGAAUGUAAUGGACCUGGAGAAUGAUAAGCAGCAGCUGGAGGAGAGGCUGAAGAAAAAAGACUUUGAGAUGAACCAGCUCAACAGCAAAAUUGAGGAUGAGCAGGCCAUGGGUGCUCAACUCCAGAAGAAGCUGAAGGAGCUACAGGCUCGCAUUGAGGAGCUGGAGGAAGAGCUGGAGGCUGAAAGGGCUGCCCGCGCAAAGGUGGAGAAACAGAGAGCAGACUUGUCCAGGGAGCUGGAGGAGAUCAGUGAGAGGUUGGAGGAAGCUGGUGGGGCCACCUCAGCCCAGAUCGAGAUGAACAAGAAGAGGGAGGCCGAGUUCCAGAAGCUGCGCAGAGACCUCGAGGAGGCGACCCUGCAGCACGAGGCCACGGCUGCCACGCUGAGGAAGAAACAUGCUGACAGUGUGGCCGAUCUGGGCGAGCAGAUUGACAACCUGCAGAGAGUAAAGCAAAAGCUGGAGAAGGAGAAGAGUGAGCUCAGGCUUGAGCUGGACGAUGUCGUCUCCAACAUGGAGCAAAUCGUCAAAACCAAGACGAACCUCGAAAAAAUGUGCAGGACAUUAGAAGAUCAGAUGACUGAAUUUCGAACCAAAUUUGAGGAAGCCCAGCGCAGCUUGAAUGAUUUCAGUAUGCAAAGAGCAAAGCUGCAGACUGAAAAUGGGGAGCUUGCCAGGCAGCUGGAAGAGAAAGACUCUUUGGUUUCUCAACUGACCAGAGGAAAGCAGUCCUACACACAGCAAACUGAGGAUCUUAAAAGACAACUUGAAGAGGAAGUUAAGGCCAAGAAUGCGCUGGCCCAUGCGGUGCAGUCUGCUCGUCAUGACUCGGACCUGCUUAGAGAGCAGUACGAGGAGGAGCAGGAGGCCAAGGGUGAGCUGCAGCGCAGUCUCUCCAAAGCCAACUCUGAGGUGGCUCAGUGGAGAACCAAGUAUGAGACUGAUGCCAUCCAGAGGACCGAGGAGCUGGAGGAUGCAAAGAAGAAGUUGGCCCAGCGCCUGCAGGAUGCAGAAGAAGCUGUGGAAGCUGUGAAUGCCAAGUGCUCCUCUCUGGAGAAGACCAAACACAGGCUGCAGAAUGAGAUUGAAGAUCUCAUGGUGGAUGUGGAGAGAUCCAAUGCGGCUGCUGCUGCUCUGGACAAGAAGCAGAGGAACUUUGACAAGAUCUUGGCUGAGUGGAAGCAGAAGUAUGAAGAGUCACAGAGUGAGCUGGAGAGUUCCCAGAAGGAGGCCAGGUCUCUGAGCACUGAGCUCUUCAAACUGAAGAACUCUUAUGAGGAGUCGCUGGAUCAUCUGGAGACAAUGAAAAGGGAGAACAAGAACCUGCAAGAGGAAAUUUCGGAUCUGACUGAACAACUUGGUGAGGGAGGAAAGAGCAUUCAUGAGCUUGAGAAAAUAAGGAAGCAGCUGGAGCAGGAGAAAAGUGAAAUCCAGUCUGCUCUGGAAGAAGCUGAGGCUACUCUGGAACACGAAGAGGGCAAAAUCUUAAGAGCCCAGCUGGAGUUUAACCAGGUGAAGGCUGACAUUGAACGCAAACUUGCCGAAAAGGAUGAGGAGAUGGAGCAGGCUAAGAGGAACCAUCAGAGAGUGGUGGAUACCCUGCAGAGUUCUUUGGAGGCAGAGACUCGCAGCAGGAAUGAAGCCCUCAGACUGAAGAAGAAAAUGGAGGGAGAUCUUAAUGAGAUGGAGAUCCAGCUCAGCCAGGCCAACAGACAGGCUUCAGAAGCCCAGAAGCAGCUGAAGGCCCUUCAUUCACACCUUAAGGAUGCCCAGAUGCAGCUGGACGACUCCCUUCGUGCCAAUGACGACCUGAAGGAGAACAUUGCCAUUGUAGAGAGACGUAACAACCUGCUGCAGGCAGAACUGGAUGAGCUGAGGUCAGUGGUGGAGCAGACGGAAAGAGGCCGUAAGCUGGCGGAGCAGGAACUGCUGGAUGUCAGCGAGAGGGUGCAACUGCUGCACUCACAAAACACCAGUCUACUGAAUCAGAAGAAGAAGCUGGAGAGUGAUACAGCCCAGCUUCAAACUGAAGUAGAAGAAGCUGUCCAGGAGUGCAGGAAUGCUGAAGAGAAAGCCAAGAAGGCCAUCACCGAUGCUGCCAUGAUGGCUGAGGAGCUGAAGAAGGAGCAGGACACCAGUGCUCACCUGGAGCGCAUGAAGAAGAACAUGGAGCAGACUAUCAAGGACCUGCAGCACCGUUUGGAUGAAGCUGAGCAGAUCGCCAUGAAAGGGGGCAAGAAGCAGGUCCAGAAACUUGAAGCUCGGGUGAGAGAGCUGGAAAAUGAGGUAGAAAUAGAGCAGAAAAAGAGCAGCGAUGCUGUGAAGGGAAUCCGUAAAUAUGAGCGACGCAUCAAGGAGCUGACCUACCAGACCGAGGAGGACCGCAAGAAUCUGGCCCGCCUGCAAGACCUGGUGGACAAGCUGCAGCUGAAGGUCAAGUCCUACAAGAGAUCUGCGGAGGAGGCUGAGGAACAGGCCAAUGUGAACCUGGGCAAAUUCCGCAAGCUGCAGCACGAGCUGGAUGAGGCGCAGGAGAGGGCUGACAUCGCCGAGUCUCAGGUCAACAAGCUGCGGGCCAAGAGCCGUGAUAUUGGUGCAAAGAAAGGACACGAUGAAGAGUGAACUUCACAAGUGGAGCUUUCUGGAAACAUCUUGUCUGCUGUGCUUUAGCCUCCCAUC